UCGGGGGAAAAAAAAAAUUAAAUAAGAAUAUCCUCACCCGACCGCGCCCCGUGAUGGGAAUAAUUAAAAAAAAAAAAAAUUAAAAUAUUUAAAAAACGGGGAUUUCAUCCCCUGAAAUCCCCCUUUGGAUUUUAACCCUUGCAAUUCUCGGGUUUUUUUUCACCACCUCCCCCACUCCGGAUCCGCUUUUUCUGCUCCAAAAUUCCCGGUUUUUUGUGUUUUUUCUCUCUCCUCGCAUCCCGGCCGAGAUCCUCCUCCAUUUUUCUGAUUUUUUUUUCCGUUUUUAACCCGUAUUUUCCAUUUUUUUGGCCGUGAUUUUCAGGGGUUUUCUCCCGCUAUUUUUCCCUUUUUCCUUGUUUUUAUUCCCCCUCUUUUUCCCGGUUUUUUUCCCCCCGUUUUUUUUCCCUUUCCCCCCUUCUUUCCCCGUUUUUUCCCCCAUUUCCACCUUGUUCCCCCCUCCUUUUCAAUUUUUAAAUCUCCUUAAAUUCCAUCACCCCCCCCAUAUUAAAAAAAAAAAUCCCUUUUUUUAACCCCUUCAUUCCCUGCAUUUUUAUUUUCCAUGGAAACCCCAAAUCCUUCUCUAAACCCUUCCCAAAAUUUGAAAAACCUGGAUUAGGGUGGGAAUUAAGGUGGGAAUUUGGGGGGGGUGGGGGGGCCUUCCUUAAAAUUCCUCAGUUCUCCCAGACCCAACUCCCCAAAAUUCCCUAAGAAUUCCCUAAAAAUUCCUUUUAAAAUUCCCUAAAAAAAAUCCCCCCCCAAAAAAUUUCCCAGACAUGUGAAAACCCCAAAUUUAAAGAUUUUUUUCUCCCCCAAGAUCCCAACAUCGGAGCCGGAGCUGCUGGAAUUCCAGGGAUUUGGGAUUUUUUUUCCCCAAAAAAUUUGGGAUAAACUCAGAAUUCCGGGUGGAGAUGCAGGAGAGCUACGAGAGCGUAAUUUCCUUGGCCGAAGAAAUCGCCAUCAGUUGGCCGCGGAUCACCGCCUUCGCCGAAUCGCACCGGAGACGCGGCCUGGGCGCCGAUGCUGCCCCGGCCUCGCUGAGUGAAAACGAGGAGGAAGAGCCGCCGCCGGACCCCCUGGAAAAACCCGAAACCCCGGGAACGCCGCCGGCACCGAACCCCAAAUCCCCACCGAGCCCCGCCAGCGCCAAACCCGGCGCCACCGAGGCGCCGAACCCGGAGCCCCGGUCCCGAAAAGCGCCAGGAAAACGUCAAGGAAAAUCCGGCGCCCGUGGCUUCAAGAAAUUCCCGCCGCGACAACUCCGGUGCCACGACUGCGGCAAAUCGUUGGCGUUGCCGAAACGCCCGCGUGGGACGGAACGGCCCCACAAGUGCCCGGAAUGCGGGAAGAGUUUCCGGCUGGGCUCCAGUUUGGUCACCCACCAGCGCCGGCACGCCGGGGACAAUCCCUACAAGUGCCCGGACUGCGGGAAAUCCUUCAGCGUCGGCUCGGCCUUCAUCCAGCACCAGCGCGUCCACGCCGGUGCCGCGCCGUGCCGCUGCGGCGUCUGCGGGAAGAGCUUCCCGGCCAGCUCGGGUUUGGUGAAGCACCAGAAGCUUCACCUGGAGGAGAAACCCUACAAAUGCGGCGACUGCGGCAAAGGCUUCAACUGGAACUCGCACCUGGAGCGGCACCGCAGGAUCCACACCGGGGAGAAACCCUACGAGUGCCCCGAGUGCGGCAAGAGCUUCUCCUGGAGCUCCCACCUGGACCGGCACCGCCGAACCCACGCCGCAGCCCGGCCCGCCGGCCGCUGCACCGAGUGCGGGUCGGCAUCGCCGGAACCGCCGGAGCGCGGGGCGCCUAAAACGCUGAAAAGCCCCAAAGUGCCCAAAAACCGGCGGGAGCCGGCGGAGAAACCCCACAAGUGCGCGGAAUGCGGGAAGGGGUUCGGCCUGGCGGCGGCGUUGGCACAACACCGGCGCGGCCACGCGCCCGGCAAACCCUACGAGUGCCGGGAAUGCGGGAAAAGCUUCUCCUGGAGCUCCCACCUGGAUCGGCACCGGCGCAUCCACAUGGGGGAGAAACCGUUCCGCUGCGGCAGCUGCGGCAAGAGCUUCUCCCAGAGCUCCCACCUGGAGCGGCACCGGAAAAUCCACCGGGAGCCGUGCCGGGAAUGCGGCAAGGACGGCGGGAAAAAAGGCGGGAAGAGCCUCCAAAAGCGCUGCCGCGCUUCGGGGGAGCUGUGCGGCGACUGCGGCGCGGGGGCGGCGUGGGAGGAGAAAUGCGGCGAGUGCGGGAGAAAUCCGGGCCCGGGUUUGGCGUCGGGUUUGGGGUCAGGUCUGGGGUCAGGUCUGGGGUCGGGUUCGGCGUCGGGUCCGGCGUCGAGCACCGGGAAUUUGAAGGAUCAAGGCACGCAGACCGGCGAGAAGCCGCACGCGUGCCCGGAGUGCGGGAAGAGCUUCGCCCAAAACUCGGCGUUGGCCAAACACCGGCGGAUGCACACGGGCGAGAAACCCUACGGAUGCCCCGAGUGCGGCAAGAGCUUCGGCGUGCGCUCCAACCUGGUCAAGCACCGGCGCACGCACCUCGGCGAGAAACCCUACAAGUGUCCCGAGUGCGGCAAAGGCUUCAUCCAGAAAUCCGAUCUGACCAAGCACCGCCGGAUGCACACCGGCGAGAAGCCGUACGCGUGCCGCGAGUGCGGCAAGCGCUUCAGCGUCUCCUCCAACCUCAUCAAGCACCGGCGCAUCCACCUGGGCGAGAAACCCUUCCAGUGCGCCGAGUGCGGCAAGAGCUUCAUCCAGCGCUCCGAGCUCACCAUCCACCGGCGCGUCCACACCGGCGAGAAGCCCUACAAGUGCCGCGAGUGCGGCAAGUGCUUCAGCCGCAGCUCGCACCUCAACCGGCACCAGCGCACCCACGGCAAGGCCGGCGCCGCCGCCUCGUCCUCCUCUUCCUCCUCCUUCUCCUCCUCCUCUUCCUCCUCCUCCUCCUCCUCCUCCCUGGUGCCGGCGGCGCCGGCGGCGCCCGGUUUGGCCUUCCCGGCGUUCCCGGGCUCCUCGGCCGUGCCGACGGCGCUGGAGCUGCCCUGGGCGUUGGCGCUGCCGGGCCGCGCGUUCCCGGGGUUCCCGGUGGGUAAUUAGCGCAGUGGUUAACGAGGGCCGGGCCCGGUUGGGUCAUUAAGGGGCAGGCGGGGUGUCGGCGCGGUUCCGCUCGGUUCCCGGCGUUCCCGGUGCUCCCGGUGCCCAACGGGGCUUGGCCAACCUGAGACCCAACGUUGGGUUUGGUCUCCGUUUAUUCCCGUUCAAUUCGGUGCCCAGUUAACGAUCCCUAAUUAAUUAGAGGUGAUUUAAUUGAUUAAUUCCAUGUGGGAAUGGGGAAUUCCCAUCCUCGCACGGUUCCGCUCGGUUCCUGGCGUUCCCGGUGCUCCCGGUGCCCAACGGGUUGGCCAACCCAAGACCCAACCUUGGGUUGGUGCCAUUGAAUUUUCAUGGCAAAUUAACGACCUCAAAUUAAUUAGGGGAUGAUUAAUUGGCUAAUUAAUGAUGGGAGGGGAAAUUCCCAUCAUUCCCAGUGCCCCCAGUGCUCCCAGUGCCCAACUGUGAUUCGUUGAUCCCAAAAUCCGACAUCAGCGCCGUCGUUUUCCCGGAAUUCCGGGGCAGUUUUUGGGAAUUUUUUGGGAUUUUUUUGGGAAUUAAAAAAAAUUUUUUUUGGGGAAUUAUAAAAAAACUUUUUGGGAAGUUUUUGAUUUUUUUAGGGAUUUUUUUAGAUUUUUAAAAAAAUUUUUUUAGAUUUUUUUGGGGAACUUUUUGAGAAUUUUUAACCUUUUUUUGGGGAAUAUUUUAGAAAUUUUUUGGGGAACAUUUUAUCUGUUCCUGAAUUUUCCAUUCGUGUUCAUGGUGAAUUUUUUUUUUUUUUUUCUUUUCUGGGAUGGGGUGGGGAAAAAAAGGAAUGAGGGAGGGAAAAAUGAGGAAAAAUUGAAAAUGGAUUUUAGGAAAAGAAGAAAUCCUAAGAAAGGGGAAAAAAUGGGAAAAUGUUCCAGGAAAAAAAUGGAAUUCAGAAUGGAAAUGGAAUUUUUUUAUGCCUGAAUAGGAGGGAAAAUCAGGAAUUGCAAAGAUUUCUGUGGAAAAUGGAGAAAAAUUCCGGAGAUUUUUAGGAGGGAUUUGUUGGUUUGGUGGGAAAAUGGGGAAAAAUGGGGAAAUGA